AUGACGGAUACACAAGUCAGAGAGCGCCGGACAGCUGAUGCGGCCGUGAUCGAUGAGAAGACUGGCAAUGCUCAAGUGAAAACGCUCGGCCGUCUGCGUCUGCGAGAUGCUGAGACGAACGAAGUCAUUCUCGUUCCAACCCCCUCCUUGGAUCCAAAAGACCCUCUCAAUUGGCCGCGAUGGUUUAAGCUAUACACAGCAGUAGCUGUCUGCUUUGCCAUGAUUCUGUGCAACUUCCUCGCCGCCGGUCCGACUCUAGCCAUCCUUCAGACAGCCAUGGAUUUUUUUCCAAACUGGCAUGAAACCGGCAUGUCAAGCGCUAUCUCCAAAACCGCAUACUUCUUCAAUUGCACCGCGCUGUUCCAGGGUUUGGGUAAUCUCCUUUGGAUGCCGCUCAUCAACAAGUAUGGGCGUCGCCCGGUAUAUGUGAUUGCGUUUACUUUAUACACUAUCACUGCAAUCUGGUGCGCUGUUGGAAAAGGAUAUGCGAAUUUCCUGGUCGCUAGGAUCUUCAUGGGUAUUGCUGCUGGUGCUGGAGAAUGUCUGGCACCUGUGACCAUUGCCGAUAUUUUCUUUUUGCAUGAGCGUGGAGCAAUCACUGCGUUAUACAAUGCUUCGCUGAAUCUGGGCGUUGCUAGCGGCGCCAUCAUUGAUGGCUUCAUCGUCAAGUACCAUCCCUGGCGAUACAUCUACUAUGUGGCCAUCGCCUUGAUUGGCAGCGUUACGCUGAUUGUGUACGCAACUUUCCCUGAGACGGCGUACAUCAGAAAUAUCGCAUCUGAUGGCACGGUCACUACUUUGACCUCCUCUGGUCAACGUAUCUGUCGCAGCACCAAGGGCGAAGAAGCAGGCACAUCUACAGUCCAUGAGGUAGCCCCCGCAGAGCCGACCACUCGUGGUGCAGGCUUUAUCCAGGGCCUCAAAUUAUACCACGGCAAGUAUACCCAUGAAUCUCUGUGGCAGAUGACGAUUCGCCCCGUGGGACUCCUGAUUCUGCCUCCUGUUCUCUGGGCGACGCUGGUGAUGUCGGUGACUAUUGGUUUCAUCACUGCUAUCACCUCGAAUGUUGCGUCGGCUUUCAGCACUGCCUACGGAUUUGAGGCGUGGCAAUCCGGUCUUUGCUUCUUCUCGGCUGUUAUUGGAUGUUUCUUUGGUAUCUUCCUCGGUGGUAAUUUUUCAGACUGGGUGGCGGACUACCUUACUCGACGCAAUGGUGGUAUUCGAGAGCCGGAGAUGCGUCUUCCAGCCAUCAUGAUCGGUGCCAUUACUGGACCUCUUGCUUUGGCUUUGUACGGCUGCGGUAUCAAAUGGCAGAUGCAUUGGAUCGUUCCAACCCUGGGAAUCGGAUUGAUCAACUUCACCAUCACUCAAGCGACGAACGUAUCCCUCGUGUACACCAUUGACAGUUAUCGUCCCAUUGCAGGCGAGGUUGUCGUGACUCAACUGGCCUUCAAGUCUGCUUUUGGUUUCUUGCUAGGCUUUUACACUAACCCUUGGGUGGACACGCAUGGAUACAAUGUGGCCUAUGGUGAGAUGGCGGCGAUUUGUGGCGGUGUCCUCAUUUGUUGGAUUCCAUUCUUCAUCUGGGGAAAGAAAAUUCGUGAGAAGACCCUUAGCUGGCGCGUAAUGAGCUGGGUGCGAUGGGACGAUGAUCGCGAGGUUGGAGAGUGA